AUGACAUUUGAAGCUGAUACGAUUGUUGGAACAGAUGGACUGGAAAGUAAUUUCGAUUCUCACGCCUAUCUUUGGGAUUUCUAUCAAAAUGUUGAUGAUCCGGCUAUGCAAAUGAUGAUUAUGUUAUUACCAACUAUUGCUGAACGCGUUAAUUGCUGUGAUAAUCUUUUGGAUUUCGGUGCUGGACCUACCAUACAUGUUUCGGUUGUUUUUAGGAAUAAAGUAAACAAUAUAUACUUAGCUGAUUAUUUGCCACAAAAUCGUAAUGAAUUAUUUCGAUGGACAAAUGGUCAAAGUUCAUUUGAUUGGACACCGGUGCUUAAAAUGAUUGGGACAGUCGAAGGUUCCGGUUGGUUGCAACUGAAAGAAAUGGAAGAAUAUACUAAAUCAAAGAUAGUUGUAAGCAUUCUUUGCUUGGAAUACUGUUGCAAUAGUGAGAUGGAAUAUAAAGAAGCAGUACGAAAUGUUGUAGAUCAAGUAAAACCUGGGGGUUGGUUUGUAAUGGGUGGUGUGUUAGAAGAGACGUGGUGCUCGUUUGGUGGACGUAAAUUUACGUGUUUGUAUCUUACUGAAAAUUUAUUGUUUGAAGCAUUACGUGAAGCUAAUCUUUUAGUCGAUGAUGAACAAUCGAGCAUUUAUUACUGUGCCAAGAGUAUUUUCCUGAUUUGUUGCAAAAAACAAAUUUGA